UCCUGCAGACAUGAAGCUGCCUGGUGUGCUCCAGGAUUGGUACAGUGACAACUGUCUGUGCUGAAAUCGUCCUGAAAACUCAAACAGAAAGCUUCGGCAUCCAAGGGAAGCCAGAGGCAUUUGAGAGGGAAUAAAGCCAAAAGCCAAGAAUUUCACUGGCCAGUCCCUACCCACUCCGACAAGAAGUCGUUGCUCACAGGCAGACAGCAUGGCUAGCAAACGGAAAUCGACAACUCCGUGCAUGGUUCGGACGUCCCAAGUCGUAGAGCAAGAUGUGCCGGAGGGGACAGACAGGGCCAAAGACAGAGGAAUGGGCAUGCCACAAUCCGAUGUGGGCAAGGACAGCUGGGCAGCAGAACCUGAAAUCUCGUCCAAAGACAACGAAGUGAUAGAGGUAAAAUCUGUGGGGGAAAGCCAGUCCAAAAAGCUCCAGGGUGGUUAUGAGUGCAAAUACUGCCCUUAUUCCACACAGAAUCUGAACGAGUUCACAGAACACGUAGACAUGCAGCACCCCAAUGUGAUUCUCAACCCCCUGUAUGUGUGUGCCGAAUGUAACUUCACAACCAAAAAGUAUGACUCCUUGUCUGACCACAACUCCAAGUUCCAUCCGGGAGAGACCAAUUUCAAACUGAAAUUGAUCAAACGCAAUAACCAAACCGUCUUGGAACAGUCCAUUGAAACCACCAACCAUGUUGCGUCCUCCGCUGCCAGUGCUCCCGGAAGUGGUGACAAUGACCCUGGGGUCUCCGUGGGUAAAAUCCCCGUGACAAAGACAGGAAAACCCAAGGCAGAUGCCAAGAAAGUGCCCAAGAAGCCUGAUGAGGCUGCCCCCGAAAACCACAUGGAAGGGACUGCCCGCCUGGUGACAGAUACAGCUGAGAUCCUGUCCAGACUUGGAAGCGUGGAGCUCCUUCAAGAUUCGCUGGGACACGUCAUGCCUUCUGUACAGCUGCCACCAAAUAUCAACCUUGUCCCCAAGGUCCCCGUCCCUCUGAAUACUACCAAAUACAACUCCGCCCUGGACACAAAUGCCACCAUGAUCAAUUCCUUCAACAAGUUCCCUUACCCAACCCAGGCUGAGCUCUCCUGGCUAACAGCUGCCUCUAAACACCCAGAGGAGCACAUCAGGAUCUGGUUUGCCACCCAGCGCUUAAAACAUGGCAUCAGCUGGUCCCCAGAAGAGGUGGAGGAGGCCCGCAAGAAGAUGUUCAAUGGCACCAUUCAGUCCGUCCCCCCGACGAUCACUGUGCUUCCUGCCCAGCUGGCCCCCACAAAAAUGUCACAGCCCAUCCUCCAGACAGCUCUGCCGUGCCAGAUCCUAGGCCAGCCCAGCCUGGUGUUGACUCAAGUGACAAGCGGGUCAACGACCGUCUCUUGCUCCCCCAUCACACUUGCCGUGGCUGGAGUGACCAACCAUGGCCAGAAGAGACCCCUGGUGACUCCUCAGGCUGCCCCUGAGCCCAAGCGUCCACACAUCGCCCAGGUGCCGGAACCUCCACCCAAGGUGGCCAACACCCCGCUCACCCCCGCUAGCGACCGCAAGAAGACCAAGUUGCAGAUUGCGCACCUCAAGGCGAGCUUUUUACAGAGCCAGUUCCCUGACGACGCCGAGGUUUACCGGCUCAUCGAAGUGACAGGCCUGGCCAGGAGCGAAAUCAAAAAGUGGUUCAGUGACCACCGGUACCGAUGUCAGAGGGGCAUUGUACACAUCACCAGCGAGUCCCUUGCCAAAGACCAGAUGGCCAUCGCAGGCACCCGGCACGGUCGCACCUAUCACGUCUACCCAGACUUUGCCCCCCAGAAGUUCAAAGAGAAAAGCCAGGGACAGUUGAAAGUCCUGGAAGACAGCUUUCUGAAAAGCUCCUUCCCGACCCAGGCGGAAGUAGAGCGGCUGCGGGUGGAGACCAAGCUCAGCAGGAGGGAAAUCCACUCCUGGUUCUCAGAGAGACGCAGGCUCCGAGACAGCAUGGAGCAGGCCGUCUUGGAUUCCAUGGGACCUGGCAAAAAAGGCUCGGAUGUGGUAGCCCCCAAUGGUGCUCUGUCGCGACUUGAACAGCUCUCUGGUGCCCAGUUAGCUGGUCCCUUGCCCAGCUCUUCAUCAGCAAUUAUACAGAAUCAAGAACAGGUUCACCUGCUAAGGAGCACUUUCGCCAGAACCCAGUGGCCCACUCCUCAGGAGUAUGACCAGUUAGCGGCCAAGACCGGGCUGGUCCGAACUGAGAUUGUGCGCUGGUUCAAGGAGAACAGAUGCUUACUGAAAACUGGAAGCUUGAGUUGGCUGGAGCAGUACCAACAGCAUCACCUGCCGGAUGAUCACGGCCACGAUGCAGUAUCAAGGAAAGCCGGAAAACAAGUUGCUGAGAGCCCAAAGAACGGAAGCCAAGUGGCUCAACACUAUGCCAAGGACCCCAAAGCGUUCUGCGAGGAGGACUCCGGCAAGCUGGUCCCCAGGGUGAAAGUGGGCGGCGAGCAAGCCAAGGACUGUUUGGCAGCCAAGCCCUCAGAGGCCCCCUCAGACAGAUCAGAGGGCAGCAGCAGAGAUGGCCAGGGCAGUGAGGAAAACGAGGAGUCGGGCAUCGUAGACUUUGUGGAGGUGACAGUUGGAGAAGAGGAUGCCAUCUCAGAGAAAUGGGACAGCUGGAGUCAGAGAGUAGCGGAAGGCACAGCGGACAGGCCCGACUCCGACUCCGACAGCGCCCCCGCGGAGGCCGGCCAUGCCUAGACAGGUAAUUCUGUCUGUUUACUCCAGAGGAUGGG